GAGAUAGGACAGGAGACUGCUGCAAGAUGGGCUCAGUGAGGGGAAAGUCUUAGAGGAUCAGGGGUCAACCAAAGGGUGAUUUGGGGAGCCCAGAAGGGGCCUGGAGCUAUUUCCAUCUUCAGUUCCAGAGUCUUUGGUUUUGUGCAAGAGCAAAUGGAGCAGCAUCCUCACCAGGACCAAGAACAAAAGGCAGGCAUGACAUCCAUGCAGCAGCGACAUACAUCCAAAGAAGAAGCAAUCAUAACACAGGAAAGACAAAUAACAAUCACUGAAACUCUCUGGGACCACGUGCUGUCAGCUUUUAAGGAUAUACAAAAGGAGCUGCAGGAAGAUGCUCGGAUUCGAGGGAUGAGCAACUGUUCCGUGACACCCAUAUCCUCCGCACCCAAAAUGGGAAGCACAAGACCUCCAGAUUUCUCUACAACCCCAAAGGUGAGAUCACAGUUCAACACUGGAGACCAGCCAUCGGGAACCCAUUUCCACAACCUUAGGACACAACUCUCUGGUCAGUCAGCUUACUAUCCUGGACCCUAACUAUCAUCAAGGAAGAAAGACUCCUCUACUUCUGCCAGGGCUCAGCUUAGUUGCCUGAAAAAAGAAAGAUAUUAGGCAAACAUCACCACUGAACUGAGAAGAGGAUAUGGUGUCCAUGGGCAGAGAUUCCAGCGUCUAUGGCUGCACCUGGGAACAUGAAAAUCAAUUGAGACCCCAGCACAUGCCAAGUACCAAGCAGAGAAGCCAUUAAAUAAACAACUGUGGAC